GCGGGGAGCGCACUGAACAGGGGGUGCGCGGGGAGUGAUGCACGGGGUGGGUGCCGUGUGGGGCAUCGUGCACGGUGAGCAGCGCCGGUGGCUCGUGGUGCAGGCCCCCCCAGACGUGACCCAGCACCCGGUGCCCACAGCUGCAGCAGGGAAGGAUUUAAGUAGUGUCUGCCAGCCCUCUUGCAGCAGAUGUGGUGAUGGUUUGUAAUCAAGCAGCAGAUUAAGGCCUGCGGGUUGAGGGGUCGCCUGUCUUUCCCAGUGGCGCAGAAGAGCUGGAUUUAGCCCGCGACUGUUCCCAAACAUCCCCAGACGCCCACAGUGGGGACGGGGGAGGGGGCUGGCUGCUGUGUGCCCUACAUAUGCCACCUGCCCCACAGACCAUGUGGUGCCCUAUGGGGAUCCAGCCCUGAGGGAUGGGGAUGCUCUGGGGGCUGCUGGUCCUGGUGCUCAGCAAGAGCCCAGCACUCCACUGGGCAAUGCUGCCGUCACCUGCAGUGGUGCUGGGGCUGCUUCCUGUGCAGGAGCUGAGCUGAGGCCAGAGCAGGUGGUGAAAGAGGGAACAGAAAGACCCAGGUGCAGAGGGGCUGUGAGGAGAGCUGGUGGCAUGUGCUGCUGCUAAGAGCUGGAGCCACGUCCCUGGGGAUGUGGAUGCAGUUGAGGGCCCUCCCGGCUCCAAGAUCCUCGCAGUGCUGGUGGGUCCAACCAGGCUGUAUCCUGACAUUUGUCCCAGGGCUGUGUCCCUUCCUUUCCCCCAGCAGAAUGGCAUCCCCAGAGCAGGCACAGAGCAAAGGUCCAGAGCAUGUAUGUGCCUCCGUAAGGGCAGGGAGGGGAGAACCCUGCGGAUGCCCAGCCUGCAGCAGCUCCAUGGCCCCAGGGCACCAGCAGAAAGCUCCUGGGGCCAGUAGGGACUCCGCACAGAGCUGAGAUAAGCCAUGGAAAGAUGACUGUUGCUGGGAGAAAGGGGGAUUGAGGGAUUAUUGCUACAAGAGGCAAAAAGCCUGCUAGAGCCUGAAAUCAAUUUGCUCCCUGCUGGGGAGAGCAAAAUGGGUCCUCUUUCCUGCAGAUCCUAAUCUGGCCCAUAAGGAGGGGCUGGGAAUGGUGUUGUCAACAACCAGCAAACCGCCUGCCCAGCACUGAUGGAGCACAGAGGCACAGCAGCAGAGCAGAGUGUGGGACCCUGUGGGCAAGGGGGAUACCGUGCAUCAGCAGUUCCUGCAACUGCCAUCUCCCAUCAGGGCAAGCAGUGCCCAAGCUGAACACUUCUCUGCUUGCUGCUCUGGGACAGUGCCAGCCCGCAGCAGUCCCGCACUCUCUUUGGCACUGCUUCCCUCUGGCUCUCGCACAGCCUUCUGCUUGCAGCCCGUGCUGCAGUGGGAGACGCCAACAGCAGCCCUGUUGGGCUGGGAACUCCUGCGAGUGCUGUGUGUCCUCAGCCUGUCUCUCCUCCCCGUGCCUGGGUGUCAUCCCCGAGCCCUGCAGCACCAGAGCUAAGCAGAGCACAGUUAUUUCUGUACCUCAGCAUGCAGACAAUUGCCACAAACUAAAGAUGCAGGACGCAGCUCCAGAGCAGGGUCAUGGCUGCUUCUCCUUCCCCCUUGGGGCUGGGCUUGUACUCUCAGCACAUCUCUCGGUAUCGGGUGCGGCACGCGGUCAAACCACAGGUUGCAGAGCUCAAAGACACUGACAGCUCUGGAGCCUCUGAGUGAGGAGGGGAGAGGUCCUGCUGUGCAAUGGAGGAGGCAAACCCCACCCCCAUGGUGAUAACGGCCACCACCGACUUCUACACCUGGGAGUACAGCGUCUCGUGGGAUGACGGCACGCUGCCUGAGCUGUGUGAGAAGCAGGCAGUGCAGGGCUUCGCCCGCACCUACCAGCCGGCCAUCUACCUGCUGCUCUCGCUGCUGGGCACAGUGGGCAACGGGCUGGUGCUGCUCACACACACCCGCUACCGCCGGGCACGCAGCAUCACCGACGUCUGCCUGCUGCACUUGGCCCUAUCGGACCUCCUGCUGCUGCUGACGCUGCCCUUUGCCGUCACUGUGAUGCUGCAGGGCUGGUCCCCAGACACAGCUGCCUGCAAGGUGCUGCAGGGCGUUUAUGCCCUCAACUUCUACAGCGGCUUCCUUUUCCUCACCUGCAUCAGCAUGGACCGCUACGUGGCCAUUGUGCGGGUGCCAGCUGCGUGCCGCCUGCGCCCACGGGCUCGUCGCCACGGCUGGCUGACGGUGGGCCUGGCCUGGCUGCUGGCCGCGCUGCUGGCACUGCCGCAGUUCAUCUACGGCAAAGCAGAACAGCACCAGGACCUCCACAUUUGCCGUGUUGUUUUCCCCCCGGCAGUGUCACGGGCAGCACGGGGAGCCACCAACCUCACGCAGGUCGUGCUGGGCUUUGCCGUGCCCUUUGCGGUGAUGGCAAGCUGCUACACGGCUGUGGCUCGGACGCUGCUGGCGGCUCGUGGCGCUCAGCCCCACCGGGCGCUGAGGGUGCUGCUGGCCCUUGUGCUCGUGUUUGUGGCCCUGCAGCUGCCCUACAGCUUGAUGGUGCUGCUGGACACAGCCGAGCUGCUGGCCAGCUGGGAGCUGAGCUGUGCACAGAGCCGCCGCAAGGACCUGGCGCUGCUGGUCACCAGCGGGCUGGCAUCCCUGCGCUGCUGCCUCAACCCACUGCUCUAUGCCUUCCUGGGCCAGCGCUUCCGCCGUGAGCUGUGGCUGCUGGCCAGCGAUGCCGGCUGUGUGGGGAACAUCGACCCGCGCUGCCCCGGCUGCCCCAGUCCUCGCCAGCGCUCAUCACUCUCCACCUGCCAAGAUGUGGCAUAGGAAUGUAGUGCCAUGCCCAGGGCAGGCGCCAGCAUCCGUGGGACUCAAAACCCCCCAGGGAAAGCCUGAAUGGCCCCAGGAGUCCCUGGAGCUACUGAUAGGGGCAGGACAGACAGACUGUGUCCUGGGCAGAUGGAGACAAUGCCUCGCGUGCAGAGCCCAGUGCCAGCACUGGGGAAACGUCCCCAGCUGCAGGGAGACCAUGCAAUGUCACAAGUGGUUGGGGGUGCAUGCCACAAGGGCACCAUGCAGUGCCACGCAUGCCCCAGUAGGACCGUGCAUUACUGUGUGAGUGGGACUGCAAUGCCACAGGGCAGCGCCUUCCACCUUCGUUUCCACCCUUGCAAUAAACCCUGC